GCCGCAUUUCCUUUCGCUCCAUCAAGAAGAACAGAGACUACAUGCAACACAGAACUCACUGUAGCUGGCAUUACCUCGCGCACUUAGCAGCUGCUCGAGAGUUUGCGUACCUCAAGGCCCUUCACUCUCAUGGCUUUCCCGUUCCUGAACCCGUCGACACCAACCGGCAUGCAGUACUGAUGGAGUACAUCGAUGCAAUUCCGCUGACUCAGGUAAGGGAAUUGAAAGAUCCGCUGACAGUGCUGGAGAAGCUGAUGAAACUCAUCGUGCGCCUCGCCCACUGCGGCCUUAUUCACGGGGACUUCAACGAAUUUAACCUGAUGAUCAGCGACAAAGGACACAUCACCAUGAUCGAUCUUCCGCAGAUGGUGUCUAUUUAUCAUCCAAAUGCCGCUCUUUACUUCGAUCGCGAUGUUCAAUGCAUCAAGCGACUUUUUGAAAGAAAGUUUCUGGUGGACGUCACAGCGGUACCCCAGUUCGAGGACGUCGUGGGUCGCCGCUGCAGGCCGCCUGAGGCGAAGCGGGCUGAUGGACCAGAAGAAGAAGAAGCAGAACAUCCUGCUGAGUUGAUUGCAGUCGCUGACGGCCUCAAUGAACAGCAAUCAAAACUCCUUGAAAACGCUCUGGCUGCGCGACGAGAGGCAGAGAGUGACAGUCAGUACAGCACGGACUCAGAGGAAAGCGAUGCAGAGAGCGGCAGCGAGGGAUCGGGCACUGAGGGUUCUCCUGAUGAAGAAAGAGAAACAGAAAAGCAAGGAUCAGAAGAAGCAACAAAAGAAGAAGAAAGUUCUCUUAAACGAGAAACCGAAUACACUACACAUUCCGAUGAUGGCCACCAACAACCGCAGAGCAGUUCCUCAAACAGCAGCUCAGAGGAAGAAGAGGAGGAGCCCAGUAAGCCUCUACCACCAGACGAGCAGCAGGCGUUGAUUCACUGUUGGCGUCCAACUGCGCGAAGACACACCCGCGACACCGUACGCAAAAGAGUGCAGCAGCAAAAUCAGAAGAAGAAAAGCAAAGGGAACUUCGGAAGCAACAAAAACGCGGAGGGGAUUCGGGCUCGUCAGCUAACGAAGUUUGAUUGCUAA